AGCAAAAUAGCCCCAGAGAGAAGAUUUCCGAAGGUCUAAUACUCGUCGUCUUCUAUCUCUACUCUGGUUCAAGAUGGGUGCGAAGAGGAAGAUGCCCGCCAAGAGGAAGCGUUCAAAUUGUCCUCCCACCUUCCAAACCCUAAUUUCUUCAAUUCGAUCUAAACAGGGUCUAAAAUCCCAGACAAUGAAAGAUUUGUAUCAACUACUACUGCUGGUGUCUUUAAAGGAAACUACUUGUUGUUCUAACUCUAAAGUUGCUUCGGAUUUCUUGAGCAUGGAGUUCAAAAUCACAUAUGAAGAUGUACAUGCUAUGUCGGAUAUAUUGUUUGAGAAACUGGAUGUGAAGUUCAAUGAGUUCUUUUUGGCUUUACAUGAUGUUUCUCUUAGCCAGGCUAGUGGGCAAUCUAUUUUCCAUUGGGAUGUAAAUGCUGCCAUCGAAGAGAUAACCCUUCUUUUGAGAUGUUGUAUCGUCAUUUUCACAUUGCUUGGGUUUGACAUAUGCACAAAGCUCGUUUUUGAGAAAGGUCAAGUUCUUCUUUCAAUUCUUAGGAGAUUGUUUUCUGUGAAGUUGAGGAGAGGAACUUGGGAAAGUCACAAAGACUUUCAAAAGUCAGUUUCUUAUGAACAUGUUAAUAGUGAUGGUGGUUGCACUACUGUUGAUGAGGACUUUGUUGCUUCUAUAAGUUUCUUGGAACAACCAGAUCCAUGCCAUGCACUUUUAUGUGCACUGCUUGAGGUCUUUGCAGAUGAGCUUUUGAAGCAUAAGUCAGCUAGUCAGUAUCUUUUGCGGGUUGAUUCUUUUUCCUCCCCAACUGAAAUAAUGUUCAUGAGGGAUGUUGGUCAUGGUGAUGAUAUUGGUUGUGUGCUUGAAGUGAUUUCUGCACAUCUUAUUCUAUCAGUUUCAGAUGAACAAGCAUUUGAAAGUUUCCUAAGCAAAUUAUUUUGGCAGCAGAGCAAUUAUUCUAGAAUUCCUGAAAUGAGCUUGGAUACAGCGUUGUCAUUGCUAUUUGAGCCCAUCAUCAUGACAGCACCCAAAAAUUUUCAGGCAUAUUUGAUUUUACUGGUUUGUGAUGUCAUUGGUAUUAGCAAGCCAUCUAAGCAUAUCAUACCAGAUGUUAGAAGACUUAUGGGAUUCUACCUAAAAGCAUUUGAAGGCUCUGUUUUCUUGUACAAAAGACAGAUGUCCAAUUUGGACUUGGAUGGCCAUCCUAUAGUUGGUGACGAUUCUUUUGUCAAAUCGAGUAACAUUGCUAGUAAAUUUGAGAUGGAUUUUGAAUCCUAUCUUCUUUCAGCCACCAGAAAGAAAAUUGACCAUCUGAUUACCAACUCUAAUGAGUUAUGGAACUUGUAUCUGAGCAAUACCUCACGAACAACAAAGUCUGACCUUGUGACUGCCUCCAUUGCAUACGUGAAGGAGAGCCUAAAUGUUUUUGAUGAAUCCUUUAGAGAUCAUAUUUUAUCAAUCUUAAGUUGCGUGAUACUUUUGGCUUCAUCUGAUGGCGUUGAUGACUUUUUAUUGCAUAGAAAAGAUACAAGUCCUCAAGAUAUAUUUCUUCUUGCUUCUAUAUUGAAGUUGAUGAGUUGUACAAUGUUACAAGCUCUUUGGUGUCUAACUAAUGGUGGAAAUUCAGGCCCAUUGAAAACUUUGAAAGAGGUUUCAUCACGUAAGGAAUAUGAUACUAUGGUGGCUACUUUUGAUUGUUUUCAACAGUUUAGUAUCUGUCUACCAAUCCAAAAGUUCCUGCGUGAUAUAAUGGAAAUUCAGCCGAUGAGGCAUAAGAAGUCCAAGUGGAUGCUUUUUCAUAUUUCGGCCUUGCUGUCACUGAGUUAUGUUGCUGGGCUUCCUUUUUUAGUGAAGGACUGCAUAUUCAUGUUGAUGAUACUGUUGGACUUCUUUCUCUUUGAAGAGGGCAAUUUAGAUGCACUGGGACCAUUGCUGGGUUCUAAAUCAAAUUCUUCAAUGUUUAAGUCUUUUGAUAAUGUUGGAGAACCUGAAUAUUUGAAUGAAACUGCAGAGGCUGUUGUAGAUCGAAAACGUAGCCAAGCAGUCGCACUAAAAUUUCAAAAGAUUCGGACUCUGUACUUGGGCACAAAUAUGCUGAGAACUUGCAACCAAAGAGCUCAAGAUGAGCAGCCAGAAAACUUGGAGAAGAGCCCUAUCGUGAAUCACCAGGAAUCUUCUUUAGGUAUUGUGGAAGAGAAUCUCAGUGGAACCUGCAAUGGUGAGAUUUUUCUCAAGUGUGUAUUAGAAGGACCCCAAAAGUUAUCUGACUUUGAUGAUCUAGUCGACUUCAUUGAGUGCAAGGAAGGGAAAGAUUAUUCAGAGUGGUUGAUGGAUCGGGAAAAAUUUCGACAAAGGUGGCAAUAUGAGAAAAAGGCAAAGUUAAGAUGGAAGAGAAAACAAAGGAUCCGGAAAAAUAAUCUUUGGAAACUGUAAUUCUUCCCAAUAGUUCUCUCUCUUGAUGUUAAUACAUUUGCAGAAUAGCUAAUGUCCUCAAAAAUUUGAACCACACACAGAUGACUGUCAAACUUCACUUGUGUAUCCAUCCUGUAACUUUUCUUCUCAGCUUGGUAGGUGUAACUGUAACUUUUGUGUAGAAGUGUUAUUUGAGUAGAACUUUUACAGAAGUGUGGAAUCAUGAAUUCGUAUAAAAUAAAAAAGAGAUCUGAUAAUUAGUGCUGUUUUCUUUCUGGUUUGGCUAUUGAAGUUCCUAUACGUUAAUGAAUGGAGUUCAUUGAAUCAGCUAGGUUCGGUGACCUUACCAAAACAUCAGUUCUUGUAACAGGAUUUCUGUAGCUGUUGGAUUGAAGGUGUUCAAAAAGAGUGAAAGUGGAAUAGAUGGGUAUAUGAAGA